AUGCCAACAAGGCAACCUCAUAAAAUCGUCUCCUGUCCCAGGAAUUACGGGCGUUUUGGAAAUGAAAGCAACAAGAUACACAAAAGCCGAAGAGAUCAAAGAAGAAACCUAUGGACCACUAGUAGCACCAACAGAAUAGGAAACAACCAUGAUCACUUCAUAACAUACUAUCUCGACCUUGACAUCGAUGGUGAUGAAAACUCUUUUGUAAAAGCAAACUUAGAAGUCAAAAAAGUCAACACAUCUCCAAGGAAGAGUUACUGGAAUGUGGUUAAGGAGACUGCAAAAACCGAAAACGAAGCAAGAAUUAGGCUCGAGUUAAAGGCAUCCAAACUUUUAGUGGUGAAAACAAAUAAGAAGACCAAAUUGGGAAAUGAUGUUGGGUAUCGGUUGAUGACAGGGCAGCCAGCUGUCUCUUUAUUAUUGGAUGAUGAUUAUCCACAAAUUAGAGCUUCUUACACUAAGUAUCAAGUGAAUAGAUCGAUUAUGAACAAAGAUAUAGUUUUGUGGUACACUGUGGGAUUUCAUCACAACCCCUGUCAAGAAGAUAGGACUGCAGGGUUUUAUGCUGAUAGGAGCACAGGAAAAGAUGGAUUAGCUAUUUGGAGCCGAAGAUUUCCCAGUGAUGCCAACGUUAUCUAA